GUAAAUCACAAGUAUGAAUAUUGCUUCCCUCUCUCUCUCUUACAUAUCUAUCUCUUGUCUCUCUAUCUUUCUCCUGGUUAGCAAAAAAAAAAGUCGCAGAUCUUGCUUACUUGCCUAUCUCUCUCUCUUUCAUUUAAUUUCUAUCUCUUGUUGUUUGGUUAGCAAACAAAACUCACAGAUCUUUGAUGGAGUUCCGAGAGAAGCUAUUAAAGUUCAAGUUCCACAUCAUCUUCGCCUUCGUGUUCUCUCUCCUCACCGUCGCUCUCGUCACUUACUCUCCAGGUUUCCUCACCGUUUUAUCUUACUUCUGGCCUCUAUUUCUCUCGACCGCUCUAUUUCUCGCCGCCGUUUUCUUCUUCGCCCGGACCUCCGACCUUCCGACGUCGUCUACCAUCUCCAGCGAUGGCUCUGGCGUAAAGUUAGCGGCAGAGGGGAUCCUUGACUAUGUGGUCGGCGGACAAGAGGAAGAAACUCUCCUUGAUAGCUUCACUAAACUCGACUAGUAUGAGAUAUCUCUCUGUUUUAAGUAUUUUCUUUAGUUUAUGAUUAAUAAUAAUAGAGGAUGUUUAUAAAUGUAAUAGUAGUGAACGUGGAAUAAAAAUAAAUCUUGCUUUAUGCUGUUUUGUGA